GUCACGUGACGCAUGUCAGGUGAUGUUGGCACUGUCAUGGCGCCUGCCAGCUGAUGAGAGUGGUGCACAAUAGCCCAGGAAAAUCUGAAAGAUGACUGCUACAACAUGGAGAAAAAAUCGUAUGAUACGAAAACUGAUCAUAUGCAAAAGCUGAUCCUUCCCGUCUUGUAUCUGAUUUUGGCUGUGCUGCUUGUGAACUUGCUGGUCUAUCAAUAUUUCAGCUACAUAAAUCCUUCCUAUGGACAGGCCGAUGUUGAACACGACUCCUGUCAGCACGGUUACUUCAGAUUAGGAACAGUGAAGAACUGUUCACCAUGGUUGUCUUGUGAAGCGCUGAAAAGAGAAGUCCGCAAACUGAAACGCAUUGGUGAAGGAGCUGUGAAAAGGGUCUUCCUUUCUGAGUGGAAGGAAAACAAAGUUGCCCUUUCCCAGUUGACUGUGCCGGAACUUCAAGAGGACUUCAUUCAUGGCUUACAGAUGCUGAGAUCUCUACAAAGCAGACAUGUGGUCAAGCUGGUUGGAUAUUGUGAGGAGGAGUUCACAGUUCUUACGGAGUACCAUCCAUUCGGCUCUCUGAAGAAUCUGAACGAGAUAUUGAGCCUUCCAAAGUACAAGAGCUUCAACACAUGGCACAUCAGGUUCCUGCUUGCCAUCGAUUACGUGAGCAUACUCCAUUACUUGCACAACAGUCCCCUGGGCACCCUUGUGAUGUGUGACUCCAGCGACUUGGAUAAAGUUCUUUCUCAGUACUUGUUGACUAGCAGCUUCCAUGUUAUUGUGAAUGACUUGGAUGCUUUGCCUCUUGUAGACAGGAAUGCUGGCGAACUGAUCAAAUGUGGCCACCGGGAACUUCAGGGUGACUUUGUUGCUCCAGAACAGCUCUGGCCUCGUGGAACUGAAAUGGCUUUUGAAGACAGCCUCAUGCCUCCUUAUGAUGAAAUGACAGAUAUAUGGAAAAUCCCCGAUGUUUCCAAUUUUAUCUUGGGGGAUGUCGAUGGGAGUGAUCUUGUAAGGUUCCACCUCUUUGACAUCCACGGGGCAUGCAAAAAGAGCCCAGCUGAAAGACCUUCUGCUCAGACUGUUUUGGACACAUACAAGAAAGUGCUAGGGUCACUUGUGAGAGAAACAGUUAUGCCAAGGACAAGGGACAUGUUAUAAACACACACACAC